UGCAUAAAGAGUACGUAUGGACGUCAGAACGGUACUCAUGAUCAUCUGCCUCUUCUCUCCUCUCCUCUUCCAUCUCUCCUCUUCCAUUAAAAACAUUCUUCCCUACCUUCUCUUCUCUGGUUCAAAAUGAACGAACUCGUUAAUCGACUUCCAUACAUACUUGUCCGUUUCAGAGUUAAUAAUGUCUCUGGAGGGUUCUCAACUGAUGUCGUGAGGAAUGGAUUCAUGGUGGAUGGCUCAGGCGAGAGGCGACCAGUCCUCGGCCAUAUCUUUCCAUUGAACGACCCAGACUCAAUAGAAUGGAUGAGGUACUCCAUUCUCUACAGGCACCAGAACCUACUGUCGGUUCUGGCUUGCACCAAUGAAAACGAUUUUCCGCAUAUGGGAAUUGUUUUGUCAGAGCACUCGGACACUACUUUCGCAAUGUUUCUGCAGAAUGAUCCUGUAGUAGUGACGACAGAGGAGCCAUCUGUGAGUUUCUUUACCUAUGCGGCGCGAAAGCAUCUCAAGAGCAUUCUCACGGGAAUCGUUUAUCUCAAGUACUCCGGAUGUGCGGGAAAUGGGAAGAUAGAGAUCAACAACAUAUAUAUUGUUGGGGGAGUUGCCAAGCUUGGAUCUGUGAGCGUGGGAGGGCGGGCUACAAGUGACGUGAGACAAUUUUGCGACAUGCUGUGGAGGAUCAGUCAUCGAACAGUGCCAAGCGAAUUCGUUUAUUUUGUACGCAGUGUGACAGUAGCUGGACCAGGUCAGAAUUGGAUGGAUUUUAAUAUUGCGAACUCUCCUAAUCAUCCUCAUUGGAUGAACAGUGAGGAGUUAAUAAUAUACCAUCAAGAAGUCUGGAGAAAGUUGAAGGCAAUAAAGAAAAAUGAUAACCGAUUGCAUAAGGACUUGAACAAUGCAUUUAAGAGGAGGCUCAAUCACUACAGUAUUUUGAAUACUGGUUGGAUGAAUAAUGUCAUGAGCAUAGGUGACCACUAUUCCUCUUCUCUCUUGUUGUAUGCUCCCUACGACAGCCAAGAUGUUUUUGAGUUUGCCAGAUUUUGCCGCAAUUAUCAUGCGCACGCUGAAGAUAGUACUGGACAAGGGGGAAGUGGUUUUGGGGGAAGACAAGGUUCAAGUCAAGCCUACGGGGCAAUUCAAGGUUACGGGGGGCCAAUUCAAGGUUCGAGUCAAGGUUACGGGGCUGGUCAAGGUUACGGGACAAUUCCAAGUUACGGGGCAGGACAAAGUUCAAGCCAAGGGGCAAGAGGAGAAGUUGCAAAUCAUGCUAUCGAAAGGGCACAAUUACUCACCAGCUAUUUCCCGGGGUAUUUCGCGGUGCUGCAUGAGGUGUUAUCAGGGUUUCGAGUGUUUAUAACACUACCACCUCACGGAGCAUUUUUCAGCGUAGCCAACUACUGAUGCAUUUUAUUGGUUCGUUAAGUUCUGAAAACAUUAUAGUAGGUUUAUUGGGUUGUAACUUAAGUUCUACGUUCUGCGUCCUAUUCUUGUUUUCCGUAGUUCCACUCAAGAAAACGGUACUAUUUUCUUAUUUACUUCAGUUUUCUCGUGCAUUGAAUCAAUAUGUUGGGUUUUGCCUUUUAAAUUAUUAGAUUUUGGAAACCUUCA